AAAUCCCGGCUCCCACUGCGAGUUUUUGUUCCCAAUUUCAUCAAUUCUCUUUUUCUGAGUUGUCAACGAAGCUCUCUGCAUCUCGCUUAUCUGUUGUCGAGGUUCUCCUCGUGCCUGUUGGGACUCUCUCCCUUUUGGAUGGCCUCCUUAUCCUGUGGUUUCCAUCUCCUAGGUGUAAACCGCCCUCCUUACGCAUCCUGCCCUUCUUUUUUGACCCUUAUGAUGCGUUGCGUUGCCUGCAUUCUCUACUAAUGCUUUGUGAUCUCGCGUCCCUCUGAAAGAAAAGCAGCAGAGUAGGGACAGGAAAAUAAUCCCCCCCCCCCCCAAAAAAAAGGAGAACAAAUCCACAGGCAUGGCUAUGUCUCUGGCUCAUGACCCGACACUACCCGUCGUGGAGAAGGAUCUUGAAGAAGGGAAAGAUAUCGACCAGACGCCGCAGGUUUCGGUAGACUCGGCUCUGGACCCGUCGCUUGCUUCAAUCCAACAGCCACUGUCGACCUUUGAGCGAGUCUUCACCACGCAUGCCCCAAUCCUGGAAUCUCUAUUGCUCCAGUCGCCGACCGAUACUAUCCUCAAGCUCUCCCAUACCUCUCAGUACCUACGAUCAUUCCUCCGCUCAUAUCCAACAGCCUGGAAAUACCUCUCAUUUCGCCUGUUCUAUCCAUCGGGCACCCCACCACCCCUUCGUAUCGUCCUCCCGGGUGCUUCAGACCCGAUCGUUUCACGGCAAUCUCGACCGUAUGCGAUUGACCAGCUGUUGAUGAACGUGGUGAUUCCAUUUAGUCCGUGUUUGAAGAGCCUGGAGUUAGAUAAUACCGCCGUCUCGGGACAGAUCCUCAUUUCGACUGUGCUACAUUCGCGACGAGAAACGCUGGAACAUCUCUCCGUCCGCGGGUGCAAAAAUGUCUCCCUGAAGUACCACAUUAUUCCCUAUCUGAUGAUGUUUGGGCUACAGUACGAUGUCAGUAUGGAGAAGAACAUCGGCAGCUCGCCGUCGACGAAGCACCUGGCGCUAAAAAGUCUUUACACCUAUCGAUGUCGUCAUCAUCGACGGAGGCCUUAUCUCUCUUCAUCACUCACGCGAAAGGAUUCGGAUUCGGAGCCAACCCAUGAGCUAGUGAACCUCUGCCACAAGCUAGGAAUCUGGACGGAUACGGCAUGGUGCUCAACGCCAGCUGGGCGAUGUUUCAGGAGGCGAGGGUAUGUCUCUAUGCGGGCUCCGCAGGGCUCAGUGGAAGUAUGGGUGGUCUUUGACCGGCUGUGGAGAUCGAAGAACUGGCUUGGUCCGGUGGAACCAGGCAGUACUAGUCGCCUGUCCCAAAAGGACGGUAAACUGUGGGAACACGGUGAGACUGGCUGCUUUGGUGAAGCCCUUGGAACCGGUGAGAAGAAGGACCUGGGUGAAGGGAAAAUGACAUCGUCGCAUCUCCGCCUGAGCUAUAGACAGUUCGUGGAGAAUAUCCGCUGUGACAACUGUUGUGAGGAGAUCUCAGAAAGGUGUGAGCAAUGCAGCAUUCUGAUGCACUGUGUUGGGUGUCGAAAGACCCUUUGCGCCAGCUGCGCUUACGAUCGGCCCUACCUCCAUGGUCGGCCCAAGCUGACUACUACCACUCCUCCUACUGCUGCUGCUCUAUUCGGCGCACUUCCCCCUGGUCCUUUCUGGUGGGCGCCUGGUGCUGCCACUUCACCAUGUUUGAUGUACGACCCCGUGGAGAACCCCCUUGACGACAUGUCCUUGCACCCCACCGCCACUGUAACAUAUCCUUGUCUGAGCUUUCACUGGUGUUGCACUGAACCAAUCUUCUCAGGCGGUGGUGGUAUUAGUAUUGGCACGCCAAACCGAGAUGUUGACCAAGUCCGGGCGGCACCUCUACCGCGCGGUCAGGGUUGGGAGGAUUUGGAGUACUCUGCACAGGAGUGGAGCAAAUCGUUUCCUAAAUAUGCCUACGGUGACCCUCGUAAGCCCGAUUAUACCCUUGAAACUGGGCACAUUGCCAUGAUGAGGUGGCUGUUGGGCCCUCCUGAUCGACAGCCUGCUGCUUGCCCUAGGAAUCUGUGUAAGGAGUGCUACGACACCCCACAGUGGAAGGUGCACUGCAAGAGCUGCUCUAAACCACUAUGCAUUGAGCAUGACCUUCGCGGCCUGCGCCUCCGAAUCUGUGGAUACCGUGACCUCACUUUGGAGAAGAUGGCCAUUCAGAACAAGUCCGCCUCGGGGUCGAGCUCGGCCGCGCCAGAUUACGUGCCCUACCGGAAUGCCGCAGGCUCCGGCUUCGAGCUGCCCUACAGAACCCAAAGACUGAUCGAUUCUACUACUAGCAGCCUCACCGAAGACCAGCCUAUAGACGGCCCUGCCGAGGUGAACCAUCAUCCUCAACCCCUGCCAAGUAGUGUCAUUGCAGCUGCAGGAUCAGCCGCCGGAGUCCCUCCUCCAAUCCCUGGCCGCUCACGCAGCAUCUCAGUUUCCAAUUCCAAUCGAUCGCGGUCUUCCUCCCCCUCCUUGUCCUGCGACUCACCGGCCGACCACCCUCCGAAAUGGCAAGGCUGCCAAUCCUUCUUCUGCCCACAGUAUCGCGCGGUCGGUGACCAACGCCAACGGUGCGCCAGUAUCCUGCGUGAAUGCAGCAGCUGCGCCGUCUACGUCUGUCAGGACUGUGUCACUACACAUCCCCCCUGCAAAUGCUCCUAUUGCGGCUCGAACUACCUCUGUCCGAACUGCGCAAAGCUCCGCGAACGCGAUGGUACCUGCCGCCGUGCCGACGAAGAGAAAGCGCAGCGCGAGCAGAAAUUCCAGCGAGAUAUGCAGAUGCUCGAGGGGAUCCUCGAAACGAAACUUGCUAAUGAAGUUGCCGAAUUUGCCGGCCAGUUCUUCGACUUUGUUGAUUCAUCCUCGCUCUCGCCCCGCGGCAGUAGAGAACCCGGGUCGGGUCCCGGGCCUGAUGAUGCCGCAGUCGAAGAGGUCGAAAAUGUCAAUGUCUCUCAUCCUCCUGAUCCUUCUCACCUUUCUCCUCCAUCUCCGCAUCAAGUCGAUGACCAUGAGAGCCUGGAGCUCCUACUUCAACAAACUCUGCGAGACGAAGAUGAUGAAUAACCCAUUUGUCAUAAAAAAAAAAAGAAGCGUGUUCCUUUGG